GAUCGUUGUGGAGGGUAGAGCUCUUGCGCUAAAAUAAAAAUAUUGAAAUUAUUCGAUCUUUUAAAAAUUCUACCGUAAAAGAGCGUUGUUUCGAGGUGUAUGAUUAACUAUUCUUCUCAAAAUUAUUUCUUGUUAAUUAUUCGUUAAGCUCAUAUCGGUUAUCAUGGAAAAGAAUACGAGUUUAGUGGUUUCGAGCCCCAACGUGAAAUAUACUGAUGAUUAUAUUUAUUCAGAUUAUGUGUAUGAGGAAACUCUGGUGACCAAAACCGGCAAUGAAUACGUGGCCAAGCCAUACCGUAAGUCACUGUGCCUCCGUACUGCGAAGAAAGUGGGCAAAGUGGGUGUCAUGCUCGUCGGAUGGGGCGGUAACAACGGAUCCACCUUCACAGCUGCUGUGCUUGCUAACCGCCACCAGCUGUCAUGGAACACUAAGAAUGGGACUAUGGACUCAAACUGGUUUGGGUCCAUCACUCAAGCGUCUACAGUGCGAUUGGGCAUUGAUGAAAAAGGCAGUGACGUCUACGUCCCCAUGUGCCAACUCCUUCCUAUGAUCCACCCGGAUGAUUUGGUGAUCGACGGAUGGGACAUCAGUCCUCUCAACCUGGCGGAGUCCAUGGUGCGAGCCAAGGUGAUCGACCACGACCUCCAGCAGAAGCUCAAGAAGGAAAUGGCUGCCAUGAAGCCCCGCCCAGCCAUAUAUGACCCGGACUUCAUCGCUGCUAACCAAGCGGACCGCGCCACCAACCUCAUCCGAGGCACCAAGCACGAGCAGUAUCUCCAACUGAGAGCUGAUAUCAAGGACUUCAGAGACCGGCAGAAGCUGGACAAGGUCAUCGUGCUGUGGACAGCCAACACUGAGAGGUUCUGCGAUGUCCGCGACGGAGUGCACGACACCAGCGAGAAUCUGGAGAAGGCGCUUCGCAACAACGAUUCCGAGAUAUCGCCUUCCACUAUCUUCGCUAUGGCCGCCAUUGAUGAAGGGUGCGCAUACAUAAACGGCUCGCCGCAAAACACGCUAGUGCCGGGCGUCAUCGAACGCGCCGAGAAAAAUGGCGUCUGCGUCGCGGGAGACGACUUCAAGUCCGGGCAGACCAAGCUCAAGUCUGUGCUGGUGGACUUCCUGGUCUCUGCUGGUUUGAAACCGGUGUCCAUCGUGAGCUACAACCACCUGGGCAACAAUGACGGCAAGAAUCUCUCUGCUCCCAAGCAGUUCCGGUCAAAAGAGAUAAGCAAGAGCAACGUGGUAGACGACAUGGUGGAGUCUAACCAGAUCCUGUACAAGCCGGGCGAGAAGCCCGACCACGUCGUCGUCAUCAAAUACGUGCCCUAUGUCGGUGACUCAAAGCGUGCGAUGGACGAGUACACCUCCGAGAUCCUGCUCCACGGCACCAACACCAUCGUGGUCCACAACACUUGUGAAGACUCUCUACUGGCUGUUCCGCUUAUCCUGGAUCUAGUGCUGCUGGCUGAUUGGUUGCAGCGCGUUUCUGUGCGCCAGGAAGACUCGCAAGAUGCCAAAUGGACAUCUCUACACACGGUGAUGUCUACGCUCUCAUACCUUUUGAAGGCUCCGAUGGUGCCGCAAGGAGCGCCCGUGGUCAACGCCUUGUUCAAGCAGAAGGCGGCUGUGGAAAACCUCAUGAGAGCCUGCCUUGGGCUGCAGCCUACGCAUCAUCUACAGUUGGAGCACAAGGUGCCAUUCCUGAUGGCCGAGCUGGCGUCUGGCGCGAUGUUCUCGCCGUCCCCGCCGCCCAAGAAACAGAAGCUCGCUCACGAGAAUGGUGAUAAGUGAACACAAGUAUACCCUAGCACUACACAUAACCAGGUUUUUAGCACUUACUACUGGGCACGUUUAGACACACAUUUUUGUAUCCAAUAGAUAGGCUACUGCUGGACAUUGAGGAGUACUCAACACUAAGGUUACAAUAUUCUAGAAAACGUUGUUGGUCUUUUGUGUUUGAAGAGCUCCCGUUUUGCUAUGCCAUAACUACUGCCAUGGCUUCUAAAGGCAUUGGUCCAACGACUACAAGGGUAUGAUUCUACUCGUACCUUCCAUUAUACAAAAUCAAUUUAAGAUUUUGAGUGCUACGUCAAAUAACAAUAGUAACGGCUGGUUCGUAAACAGACUAGUUUCUUGAGCUCUAAAAAAUUGUGCUAGUUUUGGGCGCAUGAGAAGUCCUUAACUGAAAAACAGUCAAGCGCUUCUCACGCGCACUACAUUUAAAAAAGAUAUGUACGCGCCGAUAAAAUUAAUCUAAAUUUUUAAAUUAUUCACCUAAACAUAAGUGCCUAAUGUAUGUCUAAAUGUGCCAUAGAGCAAUAAAUACUUAUUCACCUCCAUGUAGCUCGUCCUUAGUUUAGUGCCAUAGUUUGCACUCAAUGUAUACCCAGUAUUACCCAGUUUUUGCAUAUCCAAAGUGAUUGUAACAAGCAUUAUAGAAUUAUCGUAUUUAUUUCCAUCAACUUUAAGUUGAUUUUAUUUUAUUAAUGAAUAAUGUGCUUUGUGAAAUUGUCUCUAUCUAAUUCUUCUGAGGCACAAAGAUAGCAGUGUAAAAGUGAUCCUUCUAAAUACCAUAUUUGAUUGUGACGUCACCUGCAAGUUUAUUCCAUUUUUUUUUGUGUAAUAAGGAUCAAUUUUGCACUGACUAAACUAUCUUAAGUCCGUCACCGACUAUAGUAGCUACUACAUAUCGUUGACGGAAUUAACCCUUUAUGAACAUUGUAGGCACAAUAAUAUCACAAAAAUGUUAUAAUAGAAACAAAAAUAUAUUUAUAAUUUCUGUUUUGGUACUUAAUAUUUUAUCGUUAAUUUCUUAUCAGUUUCUGUGAUUUGUUAUGUGAUUGAUUUUAUAUAUUUGAAAAAUAUUUUUGUAUAAAAUUGAUUGUGGAGUGAGAAUUUAUUUUUUCGAUUUGAUCAUAGGUAGGUUUGAAUGAAUUUACGAACUAGUCCUUAGCAGGGAUCAAACUUAGGGUGGCAUUGUGUUGAUGCCAUGCAACGCAUUGCCUCCUGUUUGACGGAGGCUUCGUAUUCACUAGGGGUCUUGAUCCGCAUGUCUUUACGUUUUGGGAUGAUCUGUGGCCAAACAUCUCAUCCGUACAAACUGACGUUACCACCUUUGUAUCUUGCCCCUAGUGAGUACUAUCGUUUUGAUAUAAUGUAUCUAGAGAUUGAACGUUCGGUGUGUCUUAAAAGGUCCUUGAGAGUAUUUUUUUAGAAAAUAUACAUGUUAUUUGUGUGGUGGUCAUGUAAAUUUUUUAAAUGUAUAAGUACCUAUACAAAUAAAUAAUUAUUGUAAACACUUGCUUUCUAAAUAAAUGCUUUUCAACGCAACUGCGUAGUAGUUCCUAUGUUCCACACAAUGUAGCUUCAGUUGUUCCCUGGUAUGCCCAAGGUUUUGGAUUUCGUCAUGUGAUAGUUGCCAAAUUGUUUCUCGUGCGAAAAAGUUCACUCGAUAUUUUGUUUUUCACAAUUUUUAUCCAUCUUCGACCGAUGUGCUCACCACGUCAAAUAAUGUACCAAAAACUUAGAUUGUAUGUGUCAAAUGAUCUGAGCAAUGUAUUUUCGAAUAUUUACAAUUUUUGGGCAUAAAAUUGAGUGUUUGCUCUUAAUAUUUAUAUUGGGUAAUUUAAAAGGACCUGUCCUCAUGUAAGGAAUUAGAGAAUGGCCCUGAAUUUGUUUGUUAAUUUUUUUUUGUUAAAUAUAUACGUUUCAAUUAUCAAAAUUUGUAUUAAUAGGAAUAUAUUGUAAAAAUAUACGUAUUUAGCAAAAUCUGAUGUUUAGAAUCUUAUUAUUUAUAGAGAAGGCUUAUUUAUUACAUUUUUAGAUAGAUUGGAAUAAAUUAAUGUUGUAAAAAACUUCACAAAAUUUUCAUAGGUUUACUAUUUUGAAAGUUACUCUUUUAUUAUAAUAUACAAAUUGUUCUAUAAUAGGAAUACCUAAAGCUCUGCACUGUAGCAGAUUUUACUUUGUAGCCCAACCGUUCCAUUGAUGUUUGGCUACAGUCAUUACCAUAUUUACUGAGCAGUGUAUUGUUUUUGACUGUACUAAACAAUCAUUUUUUCUACCUUAAUCACGUUUUAUAAUAUUACAUAGAUAGAUGUACUAGAGAACCACCGAUCUGACUCCAUCAGUAUUCAUAAGUAUUUUCUGUGACGGUAUUUUAAAAUAAUGCAUUUAUUAAUUUUUGUUAUUUUACCUAAGGUAUAGAAAGGCCCUACUCCCAAAAUUCAUAUAGAAAUGUUUUGUAGAUUGAAAUCCAAGUUUAGAAAUCUACCUUGUCUAUAAUAUUACAGUAUUUGUGAACAUCAAAUACAUAAAUCUAUUUAAAAUAGGGUCUUGCAAUAUGCAAAUAUAUGAUAUAUUUUAAAGGGAUAUUUGUGUGACGUCACAAUUUUUUAUAAAAUAAGAAAUGUUUAUUUGUUUGAAGUUUUGUCAUCGCGACUGUAUCGAAGAGGUUAACUGGUUUAUGUUCAAAUCAGCUGUAUUGUAGUAUUUAUGUUGGAAUAAAAUAUACAAAUUCAAA